CCCCUCCAUUAUUAGUUUACCGUUUUCUCUCACUCUCUUCAGUUACUCAAUCACCAUUUUCCCUCUGCGUGUAACAGACGAGCGCCAUAGCUACACCAGCCACAAGCUUCUUCUUCAGAGCUCUAAUGGCUGCUAAACCUCUGGUUCUGUGUUCUACAGACCUCUAAUGGAAGCUCUGUGGAUUAUCAGCUUCGUUUUGGUUCUGGGGUUGGUUUUUUCCCCAAGUAAUGGCGACCCAGUUCAAGAUAAGCGAGCUUUGCUUGAUUUUGUCAAGAAGCUUCCUCACUCUCGCUCUCUUAAUUGGAAUGUGACUUCUCCGGUUUGCCAUUACUGGACUGGUAUAACUUGCAGUGAUGAUGAAUCUCGUGUUAUAGCCGUUCGAUUGCCCGGAGUUGGCUUCCACGGCCCGAUUCCGGCGAACACUCUCAGCCGGCUCACGGGGCUGCAAAUUUUGAGUCUCAGAUCCAAUCGUAUAACAGGGGAUUUCCCUUCGGAUUUCUCUAAUCUUAGUAACUUGUCUUAUCUUUAUCUUCAGUUCAAUAACUUCUCUGGGCCAUUGCCUUCAAACUUCUCUGUCUGGAAGAAUCUCACCUUUGUGAACCUCUCUAACAAUGGCUUCAAUGGCAGCAUACCCUUUUCACUUUCUAAUAUGACAGAGCUUACUGGUUUGAAUUUGGCAAACAACUCUCUCUCAGGGGAAAUCCCUGACCUCCAAAUGCCCAAAUUGCAGAUUCUGAAUUUAUCCAACAACAAUUUGAGUGGGAGUUUGCCUAAAUCUUUACAGAGAUUUCCAAGUUCUUCAUUUCUAGGCAAUAACAUAUCCUUCGAAAGUUCUUCACUGAACAAUCCUCCCGUGCCACCGACGUUGCUCGUGUCGAAUGAUAAGCCGAAGAAUUCUAAAGGGCUUAGAGAAGCAGCAUUGUUAGGAAUCAUAAUUGCUGGCGGUCUUUUGGGGCUUCUGGCUUUUGGCUUUCUAAUACUUGUUUGCUUCUCGAGAAGGAAGAGUGAGGACGACGAGUAUUCUGGGGAUCGGCAGAAAGGUCGAAUGUCGCCGGAGAAGGUGAUAUCAAGGACUCAAGAUGCAAAUAACAGAUUGGUUUUCUUUGAGGGCUGCCAUUAUGCUUUUGAUUUGGAGGAUUUAUUGAGGGCUUCUGCUGAGGUUUUGGGGAAGGGAACUUUUGGGACUGCUUAUAAAGCAAUUCUGGAGGAUGCUACUACUGUUGUUGUUAAGAGGUUGAAGGAUGUUAACGCCGGGAAGCGCGAUUUCGAGCAGCAAAUGGAGAUUGUUGGCGGUAUCAGGCAUGAGAAUGUGGUUGAGUUGAAGGCUUACUAUUAUUCCAAAGAUGAGAAGCUGAUGGUUUAUGAUUUCUUUACUCAGGGAAGCGUCUCGGCUAUGUUGCACGGUAAACGUGGAGAGGAAAAGACACCGUUAGAUUGGGACAGCAGACUGAGAAUUGCAGUAGGUGCAGCACGAGGAAUUGCCCGUGUCCAUGCCGAAAAUGGAGGGAAGCUCGUCCAUGGAAAUGUAAAAUCCUCAAACAUCUUUCUGAACUCUCGACAGUACGGAUGUGUGUCUGAUCUUGGACUAGCAACCAUAACAAGCUCGCUCGCUCCACCUAUAUCCCGUGCUGCUGGUUACCGAGCCCCGGAAGUGACAGACACCCGCAAGGCCACACAGGCAUCAGAUGUUUUCAGCUUCGGCGUCGUGCUCCUCGAGCUUCUAACCGGAAAGUCCCCGAUACAUGCCACAGGUGGCGAAGAAAUCGUGCACUUGGUUAGAUGGGUUCAUUCAGUUGUCCGUGAGGAGUGGACAGCUGAGGUAUUUGAUGUAGAGCUGAUGAGGUAUCCCAACAUAGAGGAAGAAAUGGUUGAAAUGUUACAAAUAGCCUUAUCAUGUGUGACCAGGAUACCAGAUCAGAGACCGAAAAUGUCGGAAAUCGUGACGAUGAUCGAAAGCGUUCGACCAAUGGAAGCAGAGAAUCGACGUUCUUCCACCAAUUGAUCUGAAAGUUCAAUGCCACCACCGCCGCCGCAAGCUGUCGUGACAGAGAAUUCAACCUCUCAUUGAGUUGGAGCUAAUUUGUUCAUGUAGUGCUUACCUUUCAUUAAGUAUUUGUAAGCUUUUUCCUAUCUAGAUUCUAGUUUUGCAACAGUUCAUAAAACGAAAGUUGACUUUUUAAAAAAGAGAGAAUAUGAGAUAGAGAUGUUGACUCGAAGCUAAAAAGUCAAAAGAAUAGUUGUAUACAAUAUUUUUAUCGUUAUUUUCUUUCUUCCAUGUCAAUCACGGAACUAUUUGAAAUAGAAUUCUU